CGUUCGCUGUGAUGAGGUCCAGCUAGCUGUCGAUGAACCACUGCAGGUAGUGGCCGCGUGCUUUGUUAGCUGCAUAGUGCACCAGGUUGUAGUCGCCGCCUUCGGUGGCGAGGGUGUGGUCUCGUUCGAUGAGUUGCCGAUACAUCGACAGCAACACCUUCAGAUACUCGGGGGGAGGCGGACUCAGCGGCUCGGGCAGCGCCAUCACUCUGUACCCCUGCAGGCGGAUGCCGGGCCGCUUCAUUAGCAGCUCGAAGGCCGUCUCGUUGCCACAUUCAAUCGCCAUUUGGAGGGGCGGGCUCCUCCGUCGAUUGGGGUGGGCUCCUCCGUCGAGGAGUGCAGUCAGGACGGCCGACUGCAGCCCGUCAGAUGACCACUGUGGCAGUGCGAUGGGAUGGCAGGCAUCACCGUCAUCGGCUUCGACAGUCUGGAUGGUGUAGCCCGACUUGUUGUCGAUGGCGAUGGCGAGGAGGGGGUAAAUGCACCAGGUGGGGUCUAUGUCGCGGCUGUCCCUGACCACCAGCCCAGGCAUGACAUCUGGGUCGGCGCCCUGCUGCCGGAUGAGGUCGGUCACUUCUCGCGCACUGGUGAAGCGGCGGCCGAUGAUCCACCGUGACAGCUCCCUGGUGGCGUCGUUGGUGCCCUUGAGGAAGCGAGCCUCCAGCUCAUCGAGUCCGAUGUCGCCGUCAGCCACAGGAACAGGAACAGCGGGAUCUGCCAGGCCACUGAGAGGAUGACCUGCACCCCACACAGCCACCAUACAACGGACAGUAAUUGUGCGCACAGGAUCCUCUCUCGCGUCUGUCUGGCGUACCUUCCUCCUCAUUCUCCCAGUCGUCGUCGGAGUAUCCGUAUCCGUCAUCGAUAUCGUCAUCUUGGUCGUCAUCACCAUCCUCCUCCUGCAUGCCAUCCUGACACACGACAAAAGAGGCGGGGGGCGGAAAAUGACGUAUGUGCAUCCAUCGCAUGGACCAGUGUUGGUGUUUAUGAGUGCCUCACCGAUUCGUCUCCAUCUGCUGCCUGCGGACCAUCACCACCAUCCUGCUGCUGCUGGCCGCCUGGAAAGCAACACACACCCUCACCGACUCGGCUCAAGUGUGGUGCUGGUGUGUGUGCGUCCAAUGGUCUGUGUGGCAGGUCUGAUCACUCACCGCUGUCUGCGCUAAUGUGAUGUCGUCCCUCCGGCUGCCCACUGCCGCCAUUGUUAUCCUCCUCAGCCAGAUCGUCUGCACACGCAAUCCAAGACACACACACACACGUGUGGCGCUGAUGCUGUGUGUGUGAUGUGUCACAUUCAUUCGUGUGUGGCGUACCUGCGUCGCCAUCGCCACUGUCCGCCAUGGCAGCGGAGGCCAUGUGGGUGUCGUGACCUCCGGACAUCUCACUCACUCAAACCGACACCAACAGCUGCACCGACCACACACAGAGGCAACGAGAGAUGGGCAGACACCUGAUGCAUGCCUUGUGUGUGUGUUCGCCCACCUAAGUAUGAGUCAAUGGUAUGCAAAGGCGCCCAAUCAGUCCGCCCCGUCAACAAGGCCGACCUGCACAACACCGACACACAAAGGCAGCAAGGCACAUUCAUUGUGGCUCGUGGUGAGCCCAUCGCGUCGCACUCACUGUCGGUGAGCGCUGCUAAGCCGCGCGAUGAUCAAUUCGCUCGUCAGGCAGGCCAGCAGAUCUGUCUUCACUGCCGCCAGACGAGAAACGUCUUAAGAAUGCUGGAUGGAGUGGAUGGAGGGACUCGUCCGCUCCACUGUUUGUCACAGCGCUCACGGCGAGAGCCUCUAAGCAGCAAAGCUCCGCC